AACUCCCUGACACCACCCUCCAGCACCAAGAUCCCAAACAAACGUGCCAGCAGUGCAGGGAAGAUACUGGCCUCCUGGAGGAUAAGGCCUCAUUGAUCCAGUCCAAGAUCUGCAGCCCCUAAGCAUUUACUAUCCCUUCCUGCAAGCACAGACCUGCCUCCCAGCACUGGUGGUAAAUGAGCUACUGUGUAUUGGUUGGGAAUGAGUAUGUAAUGAAGUUUGGGGGUGAAUGUCUGUGGAACACACCCAGCCCUAAAGGAAUCUGUAUGGUUUAUCUGUCCAGCCUCCUGGAUAAUAUCACAAAAUAAUGGCAGCCUCCUUCCUCCAAUGAGAGGCCAUGCUGAAAUCAGAGAGCCAGUGACAUCAUCAGCCCCACUGAGGGGCCACGUGAGUCUGUAAGGAACAGGAUAAGAAAUGGCUGAGGGACAGAGCGAGGUGGAACAGGCCAUUGUGACGUUAGUUUCGUGCUUCUAUAAACACGCGGGGGAAGAGGGACAACGAGAGACACUUACCUCUGAGGAGUUUAACAAACUGCUAAACGAGGAGCUUCCUCAACUCACUCAGGAUGUGCCUCUAGAGGACAGGCUGAAGGAGCUGGACCUGAACAAGGACAGCGAGCUGAACUUUAAGGAAUACUGGAGGCUGAUUGGAGAACUGGCCAAGGCAAAGCAGAAAGAUCUGAAGGACAAGAAGAAGAAAUGAGCUGGUUCUGGAGAGGAGACUGGGUUGGGGGUGGAUGUAGGGUUGCCACCUUUUCUGGAAAAAAAUACUGGCCUUCCUAUAUAUUUUUCUUUUUUCCCUUUUAAUGAAAUUGGGAUCAGCCAUCAUUUUUACCGGCCAGGGCAGUAAAAUACCGGCCAGGUGGUAACCCUAGGUGGAUGGGGCAAGUGACUGUUCUGUUGAAUAAAAACAAAGCAAAAUGA